AUGAUGGGCUUAUUAAAAAAUGGAACUUUGUUUUUGUAUAUUGUGAUGCUACUUCUGUUAACAACCUGUCAAGCCAAAGAUCAACACAUUCACCAGAUACAGCCUGGAUUCAGUGCAUCUCGGUUAGAUUGGGACGAUCAUAACGGGUUCUUUUUACUAUCGAACAACUCGGCUUUUGCUUUUGGAUUCUUCACAACCCUUGAUGUUUCUUUGUUUGUUUUAGUAGUCAUUCAUUUGAGUAGCUUCAAAGUUGUUUGGACAGCAAAUAGAGGCUUUCUUGUUAGAAAUUCUGAUAAAUUUGUGUUUGAACAUAGUGGAAAUGUUUAUUUGGAAAGUGGAAACGGUUUUGCUUGGGCAACAAACACAACAGGACAGAAAGUCAAGGACAUGGAGUUGUUGGAUUCAGGAAAUUUGGUUUUGUUUGGUGAAAAUAGGAAAGUUGUUUGGCAAAGUUUUAGUCAUCCCACUGAUACACUUUUGCCUGGUCAAUCCUUUGUUGAAGGAAUGAGUCUUAAAAGUUUUCCGAAUCGAAUGAACUUGUUUCAUUUUCUUAGUUAUGUAGAAGGUGAUUUGGUUCUGUAUGCAGGAUUUGAAACUUCACAACUGUAUUGGUCCUUAAUGGGAGAAGUUAGUAAAAGUCCAAGUUCGGGAAAUGUGACAAGUAGUAAAAAGGUUCACUAUGCUUCUUUGGUUUCUAAUUCAUGGAACUUUUAUGAUAAAAAUGGAGUUUUGGUUUGGAAAAUUGUGUUUUCUGAUCAUUCAGAUCCCAAGUCAUUCUAUGCUGCGAUUUUGGAUCCAAAUGGUGCGAUUUCUUUCUAUGAUCUUAACAAAGGAAAGUCUAUUAACCCUGAGAUAUUGAAAUUGCCACAAGACGCUUGUGGAAUUCCUGAGCCUUGUGAUCCUUACUAUGUUUGUUUCUUUGAGAAUUGGUGUGAAUGUCCUAAGCUUCUUCGAUCGCGUUUCAAUUGCAAACCUCCUAACAUCUCAGCAUGUUCUCCUCAUGGAAGUUUGACAGAACUUUUAUAUGUUGGUGAAGAUCUUGAUUAUUUUGCACUUAAAUAUGAUGCACCUGUUUUGAAAAAAUCGACUUUGAAUUCGUGCAAAGAGGCUUGUGUAAGAAACUGUUCCUGCCUUGUGCUUUUCUAUGAAAACAGUACUGGUAGUUGCUUUCAUUUCGAGCAAACCGGGAGCUUCCAACGGUUUAAAGGAAGCAGCGGCGGUUAUGUUUCGUAUAUGAAGGUUUCAACUGAUAGUGGUGGAAAUGACGGCGAGGAUCAUGGAAGAAAGACCAUGCUGCUGGUUUUUGUUAUAGGGAUUCUCACAGUUUUGGCCAUUUUGGGUCUUAUAGCUGGAUUCUGGUGUUACUAUUUCAAGAAGAAGAAUUUUGAUGAGUAUCCUCAAGAAGAUACUUUCGAGGAAGAUGAAUUCUUUGAUAGUCUCUCUAAUAUGCCGGCGCGUUUUACCUAUAGAACACUUGCUAGAGCAACUAAGGAUUUCUCCACGAAAAUCGGUGAAGGAGGGUUCGGCUCGGUGUAUCUAGGUGUACUUGAAGAUGGUAAAACACAAUUGGCAGUGAAAAAGUUGGAAGGUGUAGGACAAGGAGCAAAAGAGUUCAAAGCAGAAGUAUCGAUAAUCGGAAGUAUUCACCAUGUUCAUCUUGUGAAGCUUAAAGGGUUUUGUGCCGAAGGUCCUCAUCGAAUGCUUGUUUAUGAAUACAUGGCAAGAGGUUCAUUAGAUAAAUGGAUCUUCAAAAACAGCGAAAACACAAUGUUGUUAACUUGGGAAGCAAGGUACAAUAUUGCAAUAGGCACUGCAAAAGGAUUGGCCUAUCUUCAUGAAGAGUGUGAAGUUAGGAUCAUUCACUGUGAUAUAAAACCACAAAAUGUUCUUCUUGAUGAUAACUUCAUGGCUAAGGUUUCGGAUUUCGGGUUGGCGAAACUAAUGAGCAGAGAACAAAGCCAUGUUUUCACAACUCUAAGAGGAACAAGAGGGUAUUUAGCACCGGAAUGGAUAACUAACUAUGCGAUUUCCGAGAAGAGUGAUGUGUUUAGCUACGGAAUGCUUUUGCUUGAGAUUGUUGGUGGAAGGAAAAACUAUGAUCAAUGGGAAGGAGAAGAGAAAGCACAUUUUCCUUCUUAUGUAUCAAGAAUGAUGGAGGAAGGGAAAAUAAGAGAAGUUAUCGACAAAAAGAUAGAUAUCGAUGAGGAAGAUGAAAGUGUUGUGACGGCUCUUAAAGUUGCCCUUUGGUGUAUACAAGAUGAUAUGAAUUUGAGACCUCCAAUGAGUAAAGUUGCUCAAAUGCUUGAAGGUUUGUGUAUUGUGAAUGAUCCACCAUCUUUGUUACACUCAAGUAGUUAUUCAAGUUUCUUGAAAAUGAGUAGUGGAGAAGGUAGUUCAUCAGGACAAGCUAGUUUUUAUAGUAAUGUUCCUUUGUCUUGUGUUCAGUUAUCAGGACCAAGAUGA